AUGGCCGCAGAGUGUCAGUCUUUAAUAAUCUGUCCUUCUCUGUUACAGUGUGUAGGGGCGAAAAAAUACUGCUGGUAUUUUGAAGGUGGAUACCCCAUCUACUUCAUAUGUCGCUCUUAUGAGGACUGCUGUGGGACUCGCUGCUGUGUGAGGGCCCUGUCCAUCCAGAGACUAUGGUAUUUCUGGGUGCUGCUGAUGAUGGGGGUGCUGUUCUGCUGUGGUGCUGGUUUCUUCAUCCGCAGACGGAUGUAUCCGUCCCCUCUGAGAGACGAUCCGGCAUUCAACGUGUCCUUCACCAGGCACCCAGCCACCUCACCAGUUUCCCAGCAGCCAGGAAGUAUGCAUGGCUUCGGGGUCAAUGGGAUGACGGGUGGUGACCCGGGGAUCACCAUGACCCACCCAGCAUACGCAGCACAGCCUGGCUCCGCCCAUAUGAUGAUGAGCUCCUAUCCUCCACCUCCAUCCUACUGCAACCAUCCACCACCGUCCUACGAACAAAUAUUUCAAAACAGCGACAAGAAGUAA